GCGGCGGCAGCAUGGAGCGAGCGCGGGGAAUCUUCGAGGGACCCAAGGUGGAGCUUCACGUCCACCUGGAUGGAGCCAUCAGACCAGAGACCAUCCUGUACUUUGGCAAGAAAAGAGGCAUCCCUCUCCCUGGGAACACUGUUGAGGAGCUCAUGAAGCAUGUCAGCUGUGACACACCACUGACACUUGCCCUGUUUCUGGAGAAAUUUAAUUACUACAUGCCUGCCAUUGCGGGUGACCGUGAGGCAGUGAGGAGAAUUGCCUACGAGUUUGUGGAGACCAAAGCCAAGGAAGGAGUUGCCUACGUGGAGGUCCGGUACAGCCCUCACUUCCUGGCCAACUCUGGUGUGGAUCCCAUCCCCUGGGGACAAGCUGAGGGGGACCUCACUCCAGAUGAAGUGGUUCAGCUCGUAAAUCAGGGCCUGAAGGAUGGAGAGAGGGAUUUCCACAUCAAAGCCAGGUCUAUUCUAUGCUGCAUGAGCCAUAUGCCAAGCUGGUCUCCAGAGGUGGUGGAGCUCUGCAAGAAGUACCAGAAUGACUCUGUGGUGGCUGUUGACCUGGCUGGAGAUGGGACCCUGAAGGUGGAGGAUUAUGCUGAGCAUAAGAAGGCUUAUGAGGAAGCUGAGAGGUGUGGGAUCCAUCGCACCGUCCAUGCUGGGGAGGUUGGCCCGGCUGCCAUGGUCCAGCAGGCAGUUUAUGUCCUGAAGACUGAGCGUGUUGGCCAUGGGUACCACGUCCUGGAGGACCCUGAGCUCUACAAGCAGCUGCUGAAAAGAAAUAUGCAUUUUGAGGUCUGCCCUUGGUCCAGUUAUCUCACUGGAGCGUGUCCUCCGGACUUCACCAAACACCCUGUAAUACAAUUUAAGAAGGAUCGUGCCAACUAUUCUCUAAACACUGAUGACCCCCUCAUCUUCAACUCCACCCUUGACAAGGACUAUAGCAUUGUGAAGGAACACAUGGGAUUCACUGAAGAGGAGUUCAAGAGAGUUAACAUCAAUGCAGCCCAGUCCAGCUUCUUGCCCGAGAAGGAAAAGCAGGAGCUGCUCAGCAAGCUGUAUGAAGCCUAUGGGAUGGUGCCCAAUGCAUCCUGAGCUGUCCCUGGAGCCAGCCUGGAGUGGGGCCCCUCUGCACAAG